AUGGAAAAUCAGUCCGGGUCAGCAACAAACGGGGACACUAUUAACCCCGGCGAGGCAGGAGCACGUGGCGGCAACGGCGAUGCCGGAACCAACACGGGGGCAGGUGGGCUUCCACCUCUCCCCACUCCACAAGCGGUUGAUACCGCUAGCUUAUUGCUGCAAAUGACAAAUAUUGUCGCUUCAUUGACCCAGCAGUUGAAUGCGGCGCAGACUAGCCCGCAUUCUACUUUUCCCCCACGGCUCCACCCGAGUAUGACAAUUCCGACGUACUCGGGAUACUCUGAUAGAAAGUCGGUAGCUGACUUCCUAUUGGAGAUGGAGACCUAUCAGGUUGCAUCUAGAGCGUCCGACGAGGUAGUGCUAGGGCAGGUCUUGCCAGUAGCUCUAGUGGGGGACGCCGCUCGAUGGCGAAGGCUGCAGAAGCCUUUCACCUCGAUGGCGGACUUCCGGCAGCGUUUUAGGGAGGAAUUUUUGCCACCCGACUACGCAAUGCGUGUGCGCGAAGAGUUAGCUUUUCGCACACAGCACGCCGACGAGAGUCUCAUUGAAUUUGUGCGCGCAAUUCAAGAGCUCUUCGAUAGGGCCGACCCGACGGCCACAGAUCAGGAUAAGGUUUCGCGUGUUAUACGGCAGAGCCAUCCUAGCUUCCGUCCGUAUCUACGGGGGCGAAAUUUCGAGAAUCUUGAUGCGCUUGCACGAGAGGCUCGUGUGAUUCAGGCUGAUUUAUUGUCUGAAUUGCGGUACCAACCUCCACCGCGCCCGGAAGCGAAAUUCCGUAACGCAGGCUAG